CGGUUCGCCUCUUGUCUCCUUCAACCUCCAAGCCAAGCCGCCUCCUCUCCUCCAGAUCCUCGUCUCGAAUCUCAGCAUGGAAUCGACUGUGAAGCACGCCCUGGUGGUGAAGGUGAUGGGCCGGACUGGAUCCAGAGGUCAGGUGACCCAAGUCCGAGUCAAAUUUCUCGACGACCAGAACCGGUUCAUCAUGAGGAACGUCAAGGGACCGGUCCGGGAGGGCGACAUCCUCACCCUGCUCGAGUCCGAGAGAGAAGCAAGAAGGUUGCGUUGAUGGGUCUUGGUCUCCGUCUUCAAAGCUAUGUUCUUUGCUUUUUACUGGGUUUAUGUUUUGUGGUGUUGAUUAGCGAGAAAGACUGGUUCUUGUAGUGUUAUGGAAAUUGGGUUAUGAGCUUUUGACGUUUUGAGUUAUGAAUCCGAGACUUUGAUUUCGUUUUGAUUUGGCUGUGAUUGUAAGAUUUAUAAUGUGCGCACUUGUGCCUUAUUCUGAUGAUCAUGAUCUUCUAUUUAAAUGGUUCUCUUGUUUGCUGAA